UCUUGACUUGGAACGUUAACUUUUACUGCAUUUUUCCCAACUAUCAAAGCACUCUCAUUCACAUACAUCAAUUGUAUUUUGUCAACUUCACUCAUUCAUAGUACGGGCGUCUCUCAGCCUUGCCAAACACGAACUCGAAUGCUUCGCGUGAUAUCGCCUUGAGGCUUUCACAGACAGUCGCAUCCGAGAUACCUAUUACGAAGCAUUGCAGCAUCGAUCAAGAUGUCAUCAAGUCAACCGCAAACAAACGGGGUUCCCGCCUCAUCGGCAGGCACUUCGCAAACAGUACCAAACACACAAACCACUGCGACCUCUUCUAGCCAACCUGCUGCUGCGGCCUCACAGAACGCACCUCCUCCUGCGCCAUCAACAACCGCCCCUCGACCGCGCGACUCAAGGCUUAUCGAACUACUUCUCACAUCGCAAGGCGUCACCGCUUACGAGCCACGCGUUCCCCUCCUCCUUCUCGACUUCGCCUACCGUCAUACCUCAUCUGUUCUCAGCGAUGCGCUACAUCUUUCCGGCGACCCAUAUGUCACACAGGCCGGUUCUAAGCCAUCAGCAAACGCUGGAGCAAUCUCAGCACCUGCAGGCGACGCUGCAGUCACAGCCAAUGCCGUUAAGCUCGCCAUUGCUGCGCGACUCAGCUAUCAGUUCCGCGGAGGAAACGCAGGUGGGGGAAUUAGCAAAGACUACAUGCAAGAACUUGCGCGCGAACGCAACAAGGUGGCACUGCCUAAAAUUGUGCCCAGUGAAUGGGGUGUGCGACUACCAAGCGAACGGUUCGUACUGAGUGGCACAAGUUGGGGACUGAAGGAUGUAUGGGAUGAAGAGGACGAUGAGGAAGAGGAUCAAGGGGGUGAUGCCAUGGAGGGUAUUGAGGGUCCCGAGCCUGAAGAUAUUGGCGGAGAUGGAGUUGAGGGUGGGACAGUCGAGGAUAUGUUUGGUGAGGAUGUCGACGAGGAGAUGGCAGAGGAGGGCUAGGUGUCCAUCUUCUCAUCUAAUCAAUGAUCAUGACACAAUAUAUUCUAAUUCAAGGGAGAUCAUAGACGCUACCUCAGAAGCACUACAGACGCGAUAUGA